AUGCUUACCCCGCGUAUUCAACUGCAAGUAGCGCUUUGUCAUUUGUGUCUUUGUGCUUCAGGUAUGAGCCCAAGAAAUUGCCAUCCUCGCUUCGGCUAUGAAGCUGCACAAACCAUGUGCAACAACUAUCCGGAGCGGCUUGGCCUAGCGAUCUGCAUCAGACCUGGUGCGGUAUUCAAGGCGGCGUGGCAAAUGAUGAAAGCAUUUCUAUCGGCCACAACAGCCAGCAAAAUACGCAUCGUGGGGAGUAAAACACAACUUGAACAUAUACUCCAACAAAAUUUCUCCCCUUCCAUGGUCGAAUGGAUCAUCAGUGAGUACGAAUCAAACAGGCGAAAACCACCUGCUUCGCGAUACCGCCCAUUCUGGCACCCGCCCCUGGAUGGGUCAUCCGCUCACGACCCUAGAGGAGAUAAAGCCUACAUAGAAAAUUGGAUUCUGGUCAAACAUCAAGAUGGACAUCAACCUCACCCCAAUAUCACUGACUACCUGGAGGGAAGGCUCGGAACUGAUGUCCAAGUGACCAACGUGUGGUGCAGCAGUGAUCAUCUGGAAGAUGAUGAUGCACCGGAAUUAGAUGAAGUAGCAGCCCAUCAACUGCUUGACUCUGAGCCAGUGGAAUGCCAUUUGCCCACAGAGAUGGAGAGACUAACUUAUUAA